AUGCAGUUGCACUUGCUGAAGGCAAAAGAGAAGAACCAAGUGAAGUUAAACAUACUCAAACAUGGAGAGUUACCACAAACCCGACGAGAAAACUCUUCAGGGCCUGAAGAGCAUGGCGAACAAGCUAAGAAUUCACUCCAUCAGGGCGAUCAUGUCAUGAAUGCCUAUCUUGAGCGCUGCAAGGCUUUCGGCUGGAACACAUUUGUGGUUGAUGGCCAUGAUGUGGAAGAGCUGUGUAAGGAACUGUGGCAUGCAGAACGCUUUAAAGGGAAGCCCACUGCUAUUGUAGCCAAAACCUUCAAGGGCAAAGGGCUCAAAGGCAUAGAGGACCCUGAUAAUUGGCAUGGUAAGCCCAUCCCUAAGGACCGUGUUGAAGAACUGAUUGUUCAUCUUGAAAACCAGAUCCAGGCUUCCAGUAAACCCCUCCAGGCUGCACUGCCUAAUGAGGAUGCAGCUCCUGUAGAUCCAAGUCCCAUCUACCUGCAGUCUCCUCCAGAAUACAAGUCUGGAGACAAGAUCUCUACCAGGAAAGCCUAUGGUGUUGCCCUAAAGAAGAUGGGAGAUGCCAGCCAGCGUAUUGUGGCUCUGGAUGGAGAUACCAAAAAUUCGACUUUCUCUGAGACAUUUAAGAAAGCACAUCCUGAUCGCUAAAUAGAGUGUUUCAUUGCAGAGCAGAAUAUGGUAAGUGUGGCAAUUGGUUGUGCCACUCGAGAUCGCACAGUCCCAUUUGCCAGCAUAUUUGCUGCUUUCUAAUCGCGUGCCUAUGAUCAGAUCCGCAUGGCAGCAAUUUCUCAGUCUAAUGUGAACCUGGUGGGCUCCCACUGUGGCGUCUCUAUUGGUGAGGAUGGCCCCUCUCAGAUGGCCUUGGAGGAUCUUGCAAUGUUCCGUGCUAUCCCAACAUGCACUGUGUUUUACCCUAGUGAUGGAGUGUCUACUGAGAGGACAGUAGAGUUAGCAGCAAAUACAAAGGGUAUCUGUUUCAUUAGGACCAGCCGGCCAGACACAGCAAUCAUACAUGAUGCCGAUGAGAAAUUUGAAAUUGGCAAAGCUAAGGCGGUGCGUCAGUCUAAUAGUGAUCAAGUAACUGUGAUUGGGGCUGGAGUCACACUAAAUGAGGCCCUUGCUGCAUAUGACAUUCUGUCUAAGGAAGGUGUGAACAUCCGUGUAAUUGAUCCAUUCACUAUUAAACCCCUGGAUGCUGAUACAAUUGUGGCCAGUGCUCGUGCCACUCAAGGCAGAAUAAGCACAGUAGAGGAUCAUUACAAAGAGGGUGGUCUGGGCGAGGCCGUCUUGGCUGCAGUGGGAGAGGAACCAGGCAUUGUGAGCCGAGUGCCCCAAAGUGGCAAACCCCAGGAGCUGCUGGACAUGUUAAGUCAUGUAGACUUAGCACAUAAGUGCUAA